AUGACAUCAGAAGAAAAGGAAUGGGUGUAUCGUUCCGAGAUUAGAUGGGCUGCAGAACGUAACAAAAUUGUUGAUUCAAGUUUUAGAUCUAAGAGGAAUGGCGUGAGCCGUUCUCAAAAGCUUUGGCCUAAUGGUCGAAUACCUUACAUGAUCAGUUCUCAGUAUACUCCUCAUGAGAGAGCUUUGCUUGCAAAGGCUGUUAAGCAGUAUCAUGACCGAUCUUGCGUUCGCUUUGUUGCUAGAACACCAGCCGAUGGUGACUAUCUAUUCGUUGGCAAAGUGGACGGCUGUUUCUCUGAGGUUGGCAAAACCAGCGGCGUUCAAGUUCUCUCACUGGACAAUGGCUGUAUGGAUUAUUCAACAAUAAUACACGAGAUAAUGCAUGUUGUUGGAUUUUACCAUGAACAUGGCUAG